AUGACACUUUCCACCAAAAUCCUACCGGUUUCCAUCUCGCUGAUUGCCUUCAGCGGCAACAUGCCGGACAUUUCCGAUCCCACCACCAAACAAAACCUAGAAAUUGCAUCUCAAGAAGUCCAGAAACCAGGUCAUGUGGUGGCUUUCCCUACAGAAACCGUCUAUGGACUCGGCGGAUCUGCUCUUUGUGACGAGAGCGUCCGUGCCAUUUACGCUGCCAAAAACAGACCAGCAGACAACCCUCUCAUAGUGCAUGUAUCCAGUCAGGAACAGAUUGAAAGAAUACUUCUCCCUAAGCUGCAUAAGAUCCCGGCUGUCUAUGAAAAAUUGAUAGAAAGAUUCUGGCCGGGCCCUUUGACGAUCCUUUUGCCCGUGGAAGAAGGUUCUCCUGUGCUGAGUUUGACCACAGCAGGUCAGAAUACAGUGGGAGUCAGAAUGCCAUCACAUCCAGUGGCCCGAGCUCUAAUUGCACACAGUGAUACUCCUUUGGCGGCUCCUUCAGCCAAUGCAUCCACAAGACCCAGCCCGACUAUGGCUAGUCACGUUUUCCACGACCUCAAUGGCCGUAUUCCGUAUAUUCUCGAUGGAGGAGCCUGUGAUGUGGGAGUUGAAUCUACGGUGGUGGAUGGUCUCUCGGAUCCACCUAUGUUGCUUCGUCCAGGUGGCGUUUCUGCAGAGGACAUCCGUAAAUGUGGCGGUGUAUGGGAAAAUAUCGUCAUGGCGAAGAAAACUGCUGGUAAGACAGAAGUGGUGAGGACGCCAGGAAUGAAAUAUAGACACUACCUGCCCACGGCGAAAGUGGUGCUUUUUGAGGGCUGCAAAGACGGCAAUGCUGCUGUGAAAAAGUGGCUAGAGAGAAAUACCGUUGAAACUUCGAAAAUGGCGCUUCUUCGAGGAGGUCAGUUUGGCAGUACAGAAGAGCUUGGUUUGACAGGCGCUACAGAGAGAAAUUUGGGCAGCAGCGCCACGGAAAUGGCCCAUAAUUUGUUUAAGAUGUUGCGAGAGGUGGAUGAGAUGGGAGUGGAGCUUAUUUUGGUCGAAGGCGUGGAGGAGACCGGCGAUGGGCUUGCGGUGAUGAACCGGUUGUCGAAAGCAGCCUUUGAGGUUGUGAAUUAG